GCAGGCCCAUGCAUCCCAAUGUUGAGCUACUGUGCGCUUUGCGUACUCGAAUGCUGGGAAGUGAUCCCGAAUGCCCGGUUCCCAAGCACACACAAGCCUCGUCUUAUGAAUUUCGACAUGCCACCACUACUACACCUUUGGAUACUCUUGUUGCCUUCGAUCUGUGGGAUCCUGGGUUGUUGAUCGACGUUGACUUUGAGGUAAGCCACUCCACGCGUUCCUGGCUGUGGCGUUGGACCUUAUCCUCUUAGCGACAAGCAGCCGUUUCGGUGAGAUUCCGGGCGGGAAACGGCCGGGGACAACGGGCUCAAGGUUCCUCUACAUGACAGGGGUGAUGAUCCCUCAUGAUCUAGCCCACAUGGGGCAAAGCGGAAUUGGCCAAUUACUUUUGGUCGCUCUGUGAACCCAGACGGCGACACAAGGUGGUUUAUUCCGCCCGUGGCUUAUCGGCAACAACUCGACUACUGUGAGAACAUGCAUGGCGCCUCGGAACACCGUGACCAUUGUGCGCGAGUGCUUCGUCGAGCCUGAACACCACCAUCACCGCUUCUAGACCCGCCCAUCCUCUCAACUACUGCGUGGGAUGGACCGAGGCGCCGGAGAGCCUCUAGAGCUCCACAUGCAGCAACCCGUCUCAAGCCUCCCAUAUCCGGGCUGGUCCCUCUGGUCUUGGUGACUCGAAGCAGUCGCUCAGCUGAUGGAGAGCGAGCGUGCCUAUCCAGAUUCGAUGCUGGUGCCUAAUUGGGUCAGCCAAUUCCUGCACGGGCUGCAGGAAGAAUGAUCGCUGCUUUGUUCCCCCUCGCACUCGCAGACGAUGGCUGAUAAAGCGUGGCUCACACCGGGCAUGUACCUCGUAUCCAGAUAUCGGUAGAUCAAGUCCUCAACCUCACACAUGCCGGGCCCAUGAACAGCACUGCGAGAGGCUAAGCUUACCACGCUCACUUGCGUCCGCCCCAAAGCACUCCCACGCCUCGCUCUGACACUAUGCAGGCAUCAGGCCCUUGUGUGUUUACAGGGUUUCAAAGCUGCUGCCAAUGAUAGUGUUGGUGAUACCCAACUCCUCUCUUAUCGUCCUUCUCCAGCCCAGAUGUUCUGGGUCCUGCUGCAGUAUUCAAUAUUUGUCGGCUUCUCGGUGCCACCGACGCCUCUGCAGCCCCGGAGGUCUCGCCUCCUUGAGCCAUACUUCUCUGCCUGGGAAGCUCAGCUUCAUCAAUAGUUCAUCUCAGCUUUCUCUCGCUCAACUGUUUGCUUGGAGCGGCUUGGGUAAUAGCACGCCAGCGGCAGCGUCUACUCCCAAACUCAGCUAUUGCGAGCUCUCCUGCAAGGUGUGACCGGUCUCAUAUCCCACCCGUUAUCACACCAUCGCAGCUGAGGCUGUCCCGUCGUUUACGCCCAAUUUGAUUUGCCUAUAACAAGACAAAAUCUCGACGAUCACUUUGAAUCCAAACAGCUCCCAACGCCCUGCUGCACGCCGCUCAGCCUAGCAUCUCUCGGCACCACUCUUCCUCGUUGCUAUAGCUGCUUGGGAGUUAGGAUGUCUCCUACUCACUCUAUUGACAGCUCCAUUGUCGGGGCAGUUGGCCCAAGUACUCUUCCUCAGACCCCCGGUGCCUCUUCUCAAGACCAAGACCAUACUGUCUUCCACCCCAUCUAUCCUCCUCGCGCCCACUUUCAACGCGAGAGCCUGUCAUCGAGAACGCCUCCUCGCUCAAGACCAGCUUCACUCCACACAACCGGCUCAUCGUCAGGUAACGGCUACGAUGACGAGUUCCGCUUCCGCACAAUGGUCAACUACCUGGCCAAUCGAGUAUCUGCCAAUGGAUGGAUGCCGCAACCAGCUAUCAAGGACCCAUCACACGGCCUAGGUGUGCUGCUACGACAGUCUCGCGGCAACUACAUCUGCUGCCCAGAAAAUGUCUACGAUGAGCUUCUCUUCGCCGUACAGCGCCUCAAUGUCGGCGUUGCCGUUACCAUGAAGCCGGAGAUGCUAGCAGGCAUCAUUGCCAGCCUGCAGCCCGACCAGCAGGAACUCCGUUUGAAAGGAGGGUCUCAACUCCAAAUCCUCGACUCCUUUGCUGCAGUCACUUCCUCUGGUGUCAAGAAGUUCCAGUAUGGUGCCAUUCUCCGACAUGAAGGGGUCCUCCUCGUCUGGCAGGACGAGAUCCAGCACAUCCUGGCCCACGCUCAGCGGAUGGAAGACAAGCUUCUGACCUACGUCUGGGGCCGCAACUCAGGGAUGCACACUCCGAUAUCAUCGCCUUUCCCCGCCGGCGCAAGCCCCUUCCAGUCACCCUCGGAUUCCGUGUCUAACUUCUCGAUGUUCCCUGAAAAGGGGGUUGCCGGCGUACAGGUCCAAGAGCAAGGCGAAGAAGAAGAAGAAGAAGAAAAGGAGUCGCAGGAGAGACCAGAGUCGGUCAAUCGGCCUUUCAUGUUACACAGUGCCUUCUUCGUAGGCAUGGGAGUGUGUCUCGCCAUAGUCCUCGUCUACGGCUUCUCUAUUGGCGAGCUGGUCUCCGAGAGCAUGAUGGACGGUCAGUACAUCAGACUGGCGUUGAUCGCCGCGUGCCCCUUCCUCAUGUUUGCUGGUUUGUUCUUCUUCCAGGUGAUCUUUGGAGAUAUCUGGCAAAUGAUCGGUCCUCUCAACGGCUUGAAGACCAACUCCCGGCACUAUUCCUGUAUCAAGCCGUCCUUGAAACAGGCGUACUCGCUCGGAUUCAACCCACCCCACAUCACGAUCCAGAUGCCAGUCUACAAAGAAGGCAUGGAGAGCGUCAUCAUACCCACGGUAAAGUCCCUGCAGGCAGCUAUUUCGUUCUACGAAUCCCGCGGAGGCACAGCCUCAAUCUUCAUCAACGAUGACGGCAUGCGCGCUGGCAUGUCGGACGAGGAGGCCCAGGCCCGCCGGGACUUCUACCACGACAACAAUAUCGGCUGGGUUGCGCGGCCCAAGCACGGUGAGGAUGGAUUCGAGCGGAGGGGAAAGUUUAAGAAGGCCUCAAACAUGAAUUUUGCCCUGAAUCUAUCACAGAAGGUCGAGAGCCAUCUCCUGGACGAAGUCACCGCGAGGUGUGCGCAACAGCCAGGCCAUCGUGACUCAGACCCCGCGAUGCUCGAGGAGCAGGAGUUGGAUAAUCUCUACCACGAGUGCCUUGGCCGUGCUCUUCGGGAGAAUCCCAAGGCCAUGGCGGAGGGAGAUAUCCGUAUUGGCGAGUUCAUCUUGAUCGUCGACUCCGAUACCCGUGUGCCCGUGGACUGCCUACUGUACGGCGCGGCCGAGAUGUUCCUGUCACCCGAGGUUGCCAUCGUGCAGCACUCUACCGGUGUGAUGCAGGUCGCCUGGGAUUAUUUUGAGAACGGAAUCACCUUCUUCACCAACAUGGUCUACACUGCUAUCCGUUUCUCCAUCGGGUCUGGGGAGGUUGCCCCUUUUGUUGGCCACAAUGCCUUCCUGCGCUGGGCAGCGGUGCAGGACGUUGGCGUCGUCGAGGAGAACGGUGAUCUCAACUACUGGUCCGAGAGUCACGUUUCUGAGGAUUUCGAUAUCGCCCUCCGUAUGCAGAUCAAGGGAAGUACUGUCCGCAUUGCUAGCUACCAUGGCGAUGGGUUUAAGGAAGGCGUGUCUCUGACAAUCUACGACGAGAUUGCUCGUUGGCAAAAAUACGCUUAUGGUUGUAGCGAAAUGGUCUUCAACCCGCUGCACAAAUGGCCGACCAAGGGUCCCUUCACCAAGCUGAUUCGGACGUUCCUCGGCUCUCGGAUGAUGCUGUCUUCCAAGAUCAGCGUUUUUGCCUACAUCUGCUCUUACUUUGCCAUCGGCGUCGGUCUUCCAAUGACAGUUCUCAAUUACUUCCUUGUUGGCUGGUUCGAUGACAGCUUGGAUCACUUCUACCUGCCCUCGUGGAAAGUUUUCGUCUCGCUUCUGGUUGUCUUCAACCUUGCUGGAGGCCUCUCGCUCGCCGUGAUCCGGUACCGAACGGGCGAGCGAUCACUCCUUGGUUCUAUCGUUGAGAACUUCAAGUGGACUCCGAUGAUGGCCAUCUUCUUUGGCGGCCUAUCCUUCCACGUUAGCUGCGCCCUGCUUGCCCAUCUGCUGCAUAUCAACAUGCAAUGGGGCGCGACGUCCAAGGAGAAGGAGAAUUCAAACUUCUUCCAAGAGGUGCCAAAGAUCUUGAAGUCAUUCAAGUACUUGUACGUCUUCGUGAUAUUAUUCACUGGCGCUAUGAUCUAUUUAGCUCUUUUUGCUCCUCGGGGCUGGGAGAUCGUCGACUUCACAGCAAUCGUCCCUAUGGCCGUUGUACUCGGAAGCCAUGCGCUUACUCCUAUAGUCUUGAACCCAUCUCUCAUGAUUUUCAACUACUAAGGGAUUUUAUGCCGAGGCUGACACCAGUUGGACCGUUCACACAAUUUGGCGCCCCGAAUUCAAAUAUGCUUGCCUCAAUGUAUGUUUGGUUCAACUGGCUCUGCACAUUCGUGGACUCUGCUUAGUGAAGCGUGUGUCUGGGCGUGGGUUAAGCAGGGCUUGCCCAGUCAAUAAUUAAAUGGAACGGGAUGGUAUAUACAUAGAUCUAGCCAGCGGGAUAAGUUAACUUUACGAACUCAAUGUUUCAACGUCAAUUCACAGGCUUAGAAUGGGUAUAGACGGUUUUAGGUGAACGUUUGAGUAUUUUAUAGGCUGGGAAUAAUAGAAUUAUCAAGUUAUACAUGCAAAAAGGUCUUUAUCUCCACUUUGUCUUGCUAUAAUACGUAGUAUAGACCCUGGUCUAGGGCAUGCAAAAAGCUUGGAGCGGUUGUUCCAAAUGGUCACCUCCCCAGGUACUUAAGUACAUCUGUAGUGUUAAUGUCCAGUAUACAUAGGUUUUGAUGGGGCAGCUAGCUCUCGAGCUUCAAGUUCGUUUCUUCAAAUGUUACCAGAUCGUCGCUU